AAAAGGAGCCGUGCCAAGCGUCGUCAAACCCCACCGCGAGCUCCAACACCACCGAUUCCUUCCUCCAAAGCCUCAGCAACAACAGCAACAACAACCGCUCCAUCCUCCAGCCAAGAGAGCCACGGAAUAGGAGCCCAACCAGACCCACUCCGCCCAGACCCAAGCGUCGCCGCCGCAAGUGAAUCCACAAGCAACAACAGCUCCUCUUCUUCCUCAUCCUCCUCAUCCGAAAGCAACAGUAGCCAUGAUAGCAAACCUGCUGCCAACACCCCUGCUGUCACCACCAAAGCUGCAACCAAUGCCACUACCAAAGCUCCACAGAAGAAGUCCCCCACUACCGCCAAACAUGCCUCUACUCCCAAAGAAGUAUCCACUGAGCCAGACCCUGCUAAUGCAUCCUUUGCUUCCGGCCUCUCAUCCAACCCCUUCUCUGUGCUUGCUGAUGAUGCCAUGUCCGUUGCCUCUGAUGAUGCCACCCCCACCGAAGUAAACAUCCUCCAAGGCUGGUCCCCAGAUCCCCUCCCGUCUCGAGUUGCUGCUGCCAUCCGUUCACUGCACAAAUACUAUGCCUUUGAACUCAACCCCACCUCCGAAGCAGUCAUCACCGACAUCCUCCUUCGAGCAGACAAGGUGUCGCCCCCACCCAAACGCCACACUGCCGUCACCCCCGACCGCAAACCUGCUGCAGCCCGGGCAACUUCUGCAUCGAAACUGCCCCUCACUCCUCCCACCCACAUCACCACUGACACCAACACCGACACUGCCAACCAAGCCAUUGCCCAGACCCCGCGCAUGAACCCAGCUCACAUGCACCCCACCACACCACCAUCCCAGAAGCCCUCAGUCCCCACACCCAUGCACCUACGACCUCAAUCCCAAUGCCCCCUAUGA